UGUCGAUUGGAUUCGAUUUGCAUGGACGAGCCAUGCGGCGUCCGCGGCUGCCAGCCACAGCAACGGGAUGGCCUGACGGCUGGAGACGCACUGUGGGAGUCCUUUUCGCUUGGCGUGGUCGUGCCCAGCACAGUCGAUAUUGAGCUUGACCCCCCAAGUAUCCAGGCCGACCACACCCCCUUUUCUUCUUGCUGCUGUUCUCCGUCACUUGCGCCUUUGUCUCUGCCACCAGAAGGCUAACUUGACGCUCUCCACCACUCUUUGUCCGCCCAACUUCCUGCCCAACUUCUUGCCCAAACUUCCUGUCCGUCACUCUCGCUUGCGGGGAUCCCACUUGCCUCCCGACCUCAUCCGGAUCUAUCCCAACGCUACGGAAUCGACGUUGCCGUCUCCCGCCACCAGACCCAAUCCCAUGAUUCCUGAUACCGUCCAGCCAGCUUCGUCGACACGAGCGGACAGUCCCUCGUCGCCAGCCUCUCCCAACAAAAGCAAGAUCCCUGUUCCCAUUGGUGAUAACGAAAAGGCGAAGGCAGCCCUGGAGUUUGAACGCAAGAAGCGAGAGGCCCAGCUCCAGAAGCAGCGUGAACAGGAAGACCUCAUUCGUCGUCAGGAGGCCGAAGCCUUCGAAAAGGCCCGUGUUUUGAAAGAAGCCGUCGAGCGUGGCGAACGUGAGCGCAAGCAGCUCGAAGAAACCAAGCGCAAGGAAGAAGAGAGACUGCGAGAGGAGAAGCUCAAGGCUCAAUUUCAAGUUACCUCGGCGUUUGAGCGACAAAAGCAGGAGCAGCUGCGCCUCGUCGAGCAAGAAAAGGAGCGCGAGCUCAAAGAGCGAGAGAAUGAGGCUUUCAAGAAGCUCGAGGCUCUGAGAGAAAAGAAGCUGCGCGAAGAACAAGAGCGGAAGCAUGUCGAGGAAACCAAGCGUGCCGACGAAGAGCGUGCCCGUGCUGAGCGUCUCAAGAAGCAGGAGGAAGCCAUGCACCGCUUUGAGGAAGAGCGACGCAUCAAGGCCAUGAGUCCCGCUGAUCGUGAAGCUUAUUUGGAGCAGAAGCGUGCUAAAGAGGAGGCUGCUCGACUCGCUGCCGAAGCCGAGGCCCGCCGUCUGGAGGAAGAGCGUCUCGCUCGCGAGGAAGCCGAGCGUAAAAUCCGUGAAGCCGAGGAGCGCCGUCUGGAGCAAGAGCGUCUCGCUCGUGAAGCCGAAGAGCGUCGCAUCCGUGAAGAAGAAGAGCGUCGCCUUGAGCAGGAGCGUUUGGCCCGCGAAGCUGCCGAGGCCAAGGCGGCCGAAGAGGCCCGUCAACUUCGCGAGGCCGAAGCGGCCCGCCGCGCCGAGGAAGAGCGGGCCAAGCGCGCCGCCCAGGAACAGGCCGAUGCUCUCCGUCAGGCCCAGGAGCGCGUUGCUGCCAUGGCCGCCCAGGCCAGAGCCGAGCAGCAGGCUGCCGACAGACAAAGGGCCAUAGCCCACCAAGAAGAGCAAGAGCGUCGCCGCCAUGAAGCCGAGAGGCAGGAGCGCGAGCGUAAGGCCGCGGAGGAUUAUGCUUCGCGUCUUAUGGACGAAGCCAAGCAGCGUGUCCAAGACACGUCAAGCCAGGGCCUCAAGGUCAACACGGGUGCGACCGAUAAGGAUCUACGAAAGGACAUCGAGAGCAUGAUCAACUCGGACUUUUUCUCCUCGGGAUCCUCGGUCGAGAAGGAUCUGCCGAUCAGCCCAGUCACUGCCUCCCCUUCAAGCAUUCUCAAGGACCCCUCCCGCGAAUCCAAGCCGGCGUCAGUUGCCGAGGAAAAGAAAAAGCCCUUUGGUUUCUUCAAGAAAAUGCUCAAGCGCUAGUGUCAAAGCUACGUAGAUUCACCCAGAUCGUCGGCAUCUCCCGCUUGUAACCCUAGAGCAUGGUAUCCCACCGAAACGACCCUCUGUCAAGUGCCCAAUUUGCCUGUUUGCCUGUUUGCCUGUUUGCCU